CCCCGCCGGCCUUAAAAUGGCGGCGGCUGGAGCGGAGAGGGACAGAACGGGCAGCCAUGGCGGGAGCAGGCAAGUGUCUGGCGCUGCUGGCCGCCGCCCUGAUGCUCGCUGGCGCCGUGCUGGGCAGCGAGGACCGCCCGAGACUCGUGGGGGCCCCGGUGGACAUCCCCAACACCGACAAUGAUGAGGGCCUGCAGCGGGCCCUGCAGUUCGCCAUGGCUGAGUACAACAAGGCCAGCAACGACAUGUACUCCAGCCGGGUGGUGCGGGUCAUCAACGCCAAGAAGCAGAUUGUGUCUGGAAUCAAGUACCUAAUUAAGGUUGAGAUCGGCCGGACAACUUGCUCGAAGCCAGCAACUGAUCUCCAGAGCUGUACUUUCCAUGAUGAGCCACAGAUGGCUAAGCACACCAUUUGCAACUUUGUGGUGUACACUGUUCCUUGGCUAAACCAAAUUAAACUACUGAAGAGUGAGUGCCAAUAAGCCUACCUUGGUCCAGCAGAAGCCAGCAACCAGUUGCUCAGAUUUAAAAGAAAAGCAAUAACACAAAUAGAGAUGGGCUUUAUCAAUACAUGUUAACUCCUUACAUACGCUCGUGCUAUGCAAGUUAAACUAUGUAACCUUCCUUUAAAGCACAGUAUGAUUUCAACUUUUUCUUGUUCGUAAUCACAUUUUAGAGAAGCUGUUUUGGACUUCCUACAGCUUUCCCAAUAAAGUAAUUCCAACAACAGAAGCCUGGUUUAAAAAAAAAAAAGCUUGGUAUCCCUGUUAAGUGACUACUGUAAACAUAAAAGCUUAAUUAGUAA